AUGGGAAGAGGAAAGUUCAAGGGCAAGCCCACUGGUCGUCGCCAGUUCUCUACUCCAGAACAGAUGAUGGCGGGUACCUCUGCUUCUCGUCCUCGUACAUUUAAGAAGGUUGAAGCUGAGCUGGAAGAAGAGGAGAGAUCUGAAGAAGAAUCAGAAGAGGAGUCUGAGGAUGAAUCUGGAGCUGAAAUUGACCCCCCAAUGACCAUCCACUGUAGAAGCACCAUAGAGGAGAUUGAAAGACAGCAAGCUCACGAAAGGUACAUGAGGCUGCAAGAACAAGGAAAGACAGAACAGGCGAGGAAAGAUUUAGAGCGUUUGGCCCUUAUACGACAACAGAGAGCAGAAGCUGCUAAAAAGCGAGAAGAGGAGAAAACUGCCAAAGAGCAGAAGAAGUUGGAAGCUCGCAAGUAA